GCUACCAAGAUGUCAUGCAUGUACCUACCGUAUUGUGCUAAAUAUAUAUAUUCUCUUUAUUUAUAGCGAUGUACGAACUUUGCAACUGUCUUAACGAACAUCAGAUGCAGAGUUUCACAAUUCUGCAACGCAUCUUGUAGCUAGCGCGGCAUAAUGGGGGAAAACAAUUCCAGGGAGAGCUAGAAUAACUAAUUCAUCGGAGCCCGGAGAUUAACACAAUUGGACAAUACACAUAGAUAAACAUAGGGCUAUUAAGAAAUCCAAGAUGUGGCGGAAUCUAUGGAAAUUAGCGCUUGGUACAGACUUCGGAGAUGAUGAAUUUUUCGAACCUUUUACAGCAAGUCUCGUGUACUUCUCGUUUGUAAUGGGAUUAGGGAUCACUCUCCGGAUUCUUAAUAGAAUGUUUUCUCCAGAAGCUUUCAAAGAAUACAUUGCGGAUUUCCUGGCUACAAUGGAAAUGUGCGCCUAUUUCUUUGAGAACAAUUUCAUUUUUAAGCACUACGGCUCCGUAUGGCUGUUUAUCGCUGUUGUCAUUGAGUGUUUCAUCGCCAACAGAACAUAUUUUGGUGCAUCUGAAAAUCCGGUAAAAGCUUUUUACCAAUUUUGUAACCGCGAAAUAGGACUCACUACGGCUAUUCUAAAAAUAGCAGUACAAACCCUAGCAGGUUUGGCCUCGUAUCGUUUGGCAAAAUUAGUCUGGUCCCUUGAUCUGGUCCCCGACCACAGGGAAAGAUUUUACGAACAAGAAUGCGCUUCUGACCUUAACGUGACCUUACUUGUGGGCAUGUUGGUGGAGUUUGGCGCCACUCUAAUUGACACGUGGUUAGGGAUGCAAGUGUUGAUGAAAAAUUCAAUAGCAGAUGAGUUAAUAAAACUUAGCAAUGGAUCCCUGAUGAUUGUAAUGGGUAUUAACCUCACCGGGAUGUACUUCAAUCCAGCUAUGGCCACCGGGCACCUAUUUGGUUGUAAGGGGGCGGAGGCAUGGGAACACUUCGUGGUUUACUGGAUCGGCCCGUUCAUUGGCUGCUUCCUAGCUAUGGUCCUAGACCGGAUGUUACACAUCGACGCCACUGCAACUGCACUCGACCAAUCAAAAAAGAAAGAUUAAGCACCAUCUUUUCCCCGCAAUUUUUUAAACAUAGAUUCCUAUGCAUUCCCUACUGACUAAUACUUUUUUUAUAUUGUUAAUAUGUUGAUGUUUUCCCCAUAAAGGAUUGUUACAGAAUA